GUGACUUCUGUGUCGGACACUUUAAAACUUGACGUUUACGAAGUUGUGUUGGAAUCACCUUGGCAUUUUGGAUAAGUAAACACGCUCAGCUGAAUCUGAAUACCCAAAUUCAAACAGUGAUUCAGUUUAUAAAUAUUCGGGUUCAUGUGUGUAUGCCUGUUAACCAUAUUUCCCAAGCUUUUAGUGCGCAAAAAUGGUGCUUUUUCCCGCAGUUGCAGAAAAAGCAGCUACAACUUUAGCGGACUCAGAUGAUGAAGUUCUUCAAGCUGCUGGUACAUUGGCGCUGAUACGCCUCGAAACCCUAAAUCUACGUUGUAAAACAGGUGUGAAAUUCUUGUUCGACACUUCUAUUGCAAUAGAACUAGAACGUGCACUCACAAGUGUAAAGAAUAACCACACACAAGAUAUCUGUUCUAUAGCACGAGACGACAUGCUUAUGGCGGAAAAAGGUGGCGUAUGGCCUCUAUCAUCAUACAGCCCAGGGUUUAGAUUAGCUUCACUUCCCGGUUUCGAAGACUACAGUAUGGAAGAAGAAAGAUUCAGAUAUUAUGAAGCAAAAAAGAACGGCGAAUUGGAAGAAUACAAAAGGAAGUUUCGAAUUUUGUUAAGAGAAGCACAAAUGAGGUUUGAAGCACUAAAAAAUCCGUCCCCAGAAACUGUACAGUUCUUAAGAAUAUUUUAUAGCAAAUGAACAUAUUGUGAAUAAGUUUGUUACAGUACUUUCAAUUUAUCAAUUUGUUGUUAACAUUCCUUCGAGUGAUUACAAGGCUGUUAAUUUUCAGCAAAAAAUAAAGAACACUCCUACUAAUGUAGGUUUACAGUCUGCACACGUGCAAUAAACUUUUCGUUGGUA